AUGGCAAUCACACCCUAUCCCGUCGUCUUCAUGAAGCCCCCGGAUGCGCUUGCUGGCCCUUUUGAGGACGUACACAUUAACGCUGAAUGCAAGAUGAUGGACUACGAGGCCGAGCUGUGUUUUGUUAUCGGAAAAGACUGCAAGAAUGUCACGGAAAGCGAAGAUGCCAUGUAA